ACAUUUCCUCCAGUCAUAACGGAGCCAUAAGAGGUGAACUUGCUGUACGCGCGGUCACAUUAUAUCUAUUGUGCUGCUCAGAUUAGUGAUACAUAAUCUAAUAAUGAUAACUGUUGGCUUGCUAGCCAGUUAGCUGAUCUAGUUUGUCUCGGCAUUGUGGUCAAGGUUCUGUGAGUCAGCAGUGUACCUCUCUUGCUCGAUGCUGCUGGCUGAUGAUUUCAUUGUUUGCCAUCAUGUCGGAGUCGUUCCGUUAUUUUUAGCUAGCAUUGCUUGCUAGCUCAGUGAGUAGCGGUGAGCGCAGCGUGAAUAAUCAGUCUGUUGUGUGAAAUAAAGAGGGAUGGAGCAGUGGCAGGACGCGGCCUCGCAGCAGCUCAGGCUGCUUACAAGUCGUCUGAAUGAACUGUUGACCAAAGGCCUGGAGUGGCUCCGUUCCGAGCUCGGUGUGGAUCUGGGACUGAAGCCUGAGUUUAUUCCGCCGUGGAUAAUCCUCCUUGCGGCAUGCAGCGGGCUGCUGUUGAUGAUCGCCCUGUGGGCCUCAGUCUGUCGGACUGUUUUCAGGAAGCGUCCCGCUCUAAGUCAUGUGGACGACGGGGUUGAAGGAAAACGAGGAGCCAAUAAGACUGUAAAAGCAGAAGAACCGAAGAAAAAGAAAAAGAAGGCAGAAAAGAAAGCUCAGCCGAAUGGGAGGGCUGUUUCUGAAGCACAGGAAGGAGCCGCACCGUGUGAGGAGAAAGUGCCACAUCACCAGCCAACCCCACCGCAAGUCAAGCCUGAAAAGGUUGCAGAGACAAAGAAGUCCAAGAAGAAGGCUAAACCAGCUGUAAAGGAGACCAAGGCAACAACUGGAGAUGGCAAAGAACCGGAAGAAGGAACAUGGGAGACCAAGGUCAGCAACAAGGAGAAACGUGAGCAGCGCAAGAAAGAUAAGAACUCCAGCGAUGGCUCAGCCAGUCCUAGAGGAGGGGAGACACCUGUGAACACUCCCCCAGAUCAGCCCAAAGCCUUGGCGGCACCACCUGCACCCGCCAGCCAGAAGAAGAAAAAAGGAGAAUCUGCAAAAGUGAAGGCAGAGAAGACUGGAGCUGUUGUCUCUCAAGCUAUCGGCAGCGUGGCACCAGAGGUGGCGGCCACUGCCGCUGAUGUGGCUGUCAAGGCUGCACCACAGGCCGCUGCUCCAAAGACGAGCUCCUGGACAACCCAGAGGCAAACAGCUUCACUUUGGAGAGCAGGUGUUGAUGAGUCAUGGGCUGUGCCAGUACCCUCAGCAGAGCUCAAUCUGGUGUCUCUAACCGGACUCGGAGUUGCUCAGCCCCAACCUGUGAGCGACCCGUCCUGGCUCAGUCAGCCCAGAGUGGACGAUGAGUGGUCUGGACUCAAUGGUAGUUCAGCCGACCCCAGCUCUGAUUGGAACGCCCCCUCGGAGGCCUGGGGCAACUAUGAGGAACCCACCUCUGAGUCUCCUCAGGCUGAGAAGCUGCCCCUCCCUGAGCCAGCCAAGGUUAAUCUGAUUGGAGCAGCUGAGGAUAAUGAAGACGACAAGGACAAGGGUGAUGCCACCACUGAUGGAGCCGCUAAAACUAAAAAGAAGAAAAAGAAGAAGAAGAAGACUCCCGAGGAGGGAGGAACACUUGGCCAGGUUGAGGAGCAGGUGAAGGAGGUGGCACCAGCGAAGAAGCAGCCACCUGUUCAGGAGAAUGCUGCUGCCGUCCAGCCUGUCAAAGCAGCUGCUGUCGAGGCGAGAGAUCGACCAGUGAAGGACAUGAUAUCCCAGAAACCCCCUGUCACACAAGUGCCACAGAAGCCAACUGAUGGAGAGCCUGCUGCCAAUCAGAACAACCUUCCUGCUCCAACACAGCAAAAAAAAACUGAGGAGAGCCAAGUGCCCAAACCAGCUAAGAAGAAGAAGGCAAGGAGAGAGACAUGAGACAUCUCUGUAUGCAAGAGACUUCAUAUCCUGUUUAUGCAACACCUUCUUUGACAGGGAUUUGGAACGACAGUCGCUGUUGAUGGACUUGAGCAGAAAACAUGUCUGAAAAUUAAACAGCUUUUAUACACAUCAUGUCCCAGUUGAUGGAUCCUUGAAAACCGAAAUUAAAUGCAGUGCAAUCCAAUGUGAUGAGGUGUUAAUGAUUUGUACGGAUGCAUUUGAUCUUCUGAUAAUGUUCUCUAAUUCCACUGAAUCAAAUAACUGAAGGAACUGUAAUGUAAUCCUUAGACCUGUAGAGAAAUACUGAUUAAGUUUAGAAAUGUUGUGGUGGUGGACGACGAAUGGUGUUUACUGUGUAGAGAAUAAUGGUCAUGCAACACUGGGCCAAAAGGAUGAACUGGCCUUCUUUUAACUUGCUCUGAUGUUGAUUUCAGACUAACAGUUGGAGCUCAACAAGGUGUAAACUAUUGUGAUGUAAAUGAGCCUUGUCAGGCGAAAGAAAGGGACUCAUGUUGGCUCGAUAGUUUUGCUUUUUGUUUGGUGAUUCUGAAAACGUCACCUCUGUCCAUCUGAUUCGUCUCGUCUGUUUUGCUGCGUGUGUCGACAAAUGUUCUCUUGCUGAUAUAUUCUUUUUAACGGCCUGUGGCUGUUUUCCAGCUGUGGCCAUGUUGGAGGUUCUGAUGGCAAACAUGUCAUUGCUGUGUCAUCGGCCUCUUGUUCUUUUUUUGUUUUCCACCUCUGCUUGAUUCAGAUGUCCUCAGAAUCUUUUUGUAAAACUUGUUUGUAAUAAAAGAAAAGCUAAAGCCAUAUGUAAAAAGACUAAAUAAAGGCCAGUUUUUCUA